AGCAGCCAUUUUGUCUUUCCGUCGCCGCUGCUGCCUGAUCUCCCUCCCACCCGCCGCCGCUGGCCGCGAAACUCCAGUUCCCCCCCCCCCCGGGCCUGGCUCCCGCCGGACCCGCCGCCCGUGCCCUCCGGUCUCCCCGCGCCUGGGCGAGGGGCCGGCGGAGGCGCGGGAGGCCCCGCUCCCCCUCCCCUGCCCCGGCGCAUGCUGCCCGCGCCCCGGGAGGCGCCUCCGCGGCCCCACGGAGCCCCCGGCCAGGGCCGAGGCGCGUCUCCCCGCCGCGGGUCCGCCGCAUGUGAGCGGCCCGUGCCGCCCCGCGGCCCAGAGCCCGCCCCCGACCCCCCUCCGCCCGCCCCCCGGCGGCCGCCUGCCCGGCGGCGAGCGGGGAGGUCCGGCCUGGCCCUGAGGGCGCGGAGGCCGCCCCUUCGCCCCCCGCCGCGCCAUGUCUAGCGAGGAGAGCUACCUGGCCAUCCUGCGGUACCUGACCAACGAGCGGGAGCCCUACGCGCCGGGGACGGAGGGCAACGCCAAGCGCAAGAUCCGCAAGGCCGCCGCCUGCUACGUGGUGCGCGGCGGCACCUUGUACUACCAGCGGCGGCAGCGCGACCAGCAGCGCUUCGCCGAGCUCGAGGUGGUGCUGCAGGCCGAGCGCCGCGCCCGCCUCAUCCGCGCCGCGCACCUGGCGCCCGACGGCGCCCACCGCACCCGCCUGCAGACCUGGCAGGGGCUCUCGCAGAAGUACUGGUGGCGAGGUAUUCUUAAGCAGGUUAAAGAUUACAUAAAAGAAUGCAGCAAGUGCCAGGAAAAGCUAGAUCGCUCUAGAUCUCUGUCAGAUCCUUCUGAAAUGCUGGAGGAACUAGGACUGGAUGCAAAAUCUCAUGAAGACAGUAAUGAAACAGAUGAUGAAUUGAAUAAUGCGACAUCAAUCCCAGCUGCAUCCCCAAAGCCUGUGAAGAAGAAGCCAAUAGCAAAGCAUGAGCUUGUAUUUGUUGACAGUAAGGGCCUUGUGAAGCAGUCAUCUUCCAAACAUUGUCUGUCAGUCUUAAACCAACUGAAUCAGCAGAGGCUUUCCAAUCAGUUCUGUGAUGUGACUCUGCUGAUUGAAGGAGAGGAGUACAAAGCUCACAAAUCUGUCUUGGCAGCCAACAGCGAGUACUUCCGAGAGCUCUUCAUUGAAAAGGGAGCUGUCUCUAGUCAUGAAGCUGUAGUGGAUCUGUCAGGGUUCUGCAAGUCCAGUUUCCUGCCUCUAUUGGAAUUUGCUUAUACUUCAGAAUUAACUUUUGACUUCUGUAGUAUGGCAGAAGUGGCCAUGCUCGCCCGGCAUCUCUUCAUGUCAGAGGUCCUCGAAAUCUGUGAAAAUGUGCACAAACAGAUGGAGGAGAAACAAAUCACAGUGUACCAAAAGGGAGAUAUUCAGACAGUAGAGUCAACACAAAAUUUAGCAGAACAAACUGAAGUUGAGACGCAGCCCAUGGACAGUGCUGAGCAGCCUGAGCUCGCAGCCAGUGCUGUGCCAGUAGCUGUGAACGGAGCUCCUUCCUCUGCUGGGACAGAGGCAGCAGCAGCACCCCAGCCUGACCUCCUGCUCCCAGAGCCUGCAGGGGCCACUCCAGAUGGUCUUUUGAAGCCCGUGGAGCAGUGUGAAACAACUGCGAAUUAUGUCAAGGUGCAGCUGCUGGAGAGCGUUUCAUGUAGCACCUUGUCUGUGGCAAAGGUUGAGCCGUCGGCUGUGGAAGCCAUGGACACUCAAAGUGAAAUUGAGACAUAUCAAAAUGAAAGUGGUAAAGCAAAUGCAGACACUGCUUCUGAAGACUCCUCAGGAAUGCUCAAGCAAAAAGAUGGCCAGCAGAGUAAAGAACAGAGCAUUUCUGUUUCGCUGCCAGAAAGCCUAGCGUCCAGCCAGGAUGAUACUUACAAAAGCAAGCUUCGCCAGCGUUCUGUUAGUGAAGGGGGAUAUAUCAGAUUGCAUAAAGGAAUUGAAAAAAAACUGCAAAAUAGAAAGACAAAUCCUAAGUCUGCAAUACAGCAGGUUGCCAUGAAGCUGGUACAGAGAGGGAAAAAAAUGAAACAGCCAAAAAGAGAGACCAUGGAAAAUAAUGAAGUAGAAGCUCAGCACAAGUGCACUGAGUGUGGAAUGGUGUUCCAGCGGCGCUAUGCACUUAUAAUGCACACAUUGAAACAUGAAAGAUCUAAAGAUUAUAAAUGCCCAUUGUGUAAAAAAGAAUUCCAGUAUGGUGCCUCCCUGCGAGCCCAUCUUGUCCGGCACACUCGGAAGACCGAAGUGAACACCGCAGCUGCUGGUGUGGAAGAGACAGGCAUGUCUUCGGUGAAAGGGAGAACUAAACGGGAAUUUAUAUGUGAUAUAUGUGGGAGAACUCUACCUAAGCUCUAUUCUCUCAGAAUACACAUGCUCAAACAUACAGGUGUGAAACCACAUGCAUGCAAGGUUUGUGGAAAGACCUUUACGUAUAAGCAUGGAUUAAAAAUGCACUUAGCUCUCCAUGAAGUACAGAAACAGUUCAAGUGUGACUUGUGUGAAAAGUCUUUUGUCACAAAAAGAAGUCUUCAGGAACACAUGAGCAUUCAUACAGGAGAAUCCAAGUAUCUUUGCUCCAUCUGUGGAAAAUCUUUCCAUAGGGCAUCAGGACUCAGUAAACACAUAAAGAAACACCAGCCAAAGCCUGAAGUUCGUGGAUAUCACUGUACCCAGUGUGAAAAGAGUUUCUAUGAAGCUCGAGAUCUUCGGCAGCAUAUGAAUAAACAUUUAGGUGUGAAGCCAUUUCAGUGUCAGUUCUGUGGAAAAUGUUACAGUUGGAAGAAAGACUGGUAUUCUCAUGUAAAGUCUCAUUCUGUCACAGACCCUUACAGGUGUAAUAUAUGUGGUAAAGAAUUUUAUGAGAAAGCUUUGUACAGAAGACAUGUCAAGAAAGCCACACAUGGUAAAAAAGGAAGAGCAAAACAAAAUCUGGAACGAAUUUGUGAGCAUUGCGGAAGAAAAUUCACACAACUCCGGGAAUACAGGAGGCACAUGAACAAUCAUGAAGGCGUGAAGCCAUUUGAAUGUCUGACUUGCGGAGUGGCCUGGGCUGAUGCGCGUUCCUUGAAGCGUCACGUGAGGACGCAUACUGGAGAGCGGCCGUACGUCUGCCCGGUGUGCAACGAAGCUUACAUAGAUGCCCGGACACUGCGGAAGCACAUGACCAAGUUUCAUAGGGACUACGUACCCUGCAAAAUUAUGCUGGAAAAAGAUACUCUUCAGUUUCAUAACCAGGGGACGCAGGUGGAGCACGCCAUCAGCAUUUUAGCAGCAGACAUGCAGGAGCAAGAAGCGGAGAUUAGCGUUGAUAGUAGUGAGAUUGAGACUGUGGUAGUGACAGGGGAGACGCUUGAAGCCAUCGAAGCAGUUGCAGCUAGUGAGGAAUGUACAUCAGUCUCUACUCUCUCUGACCAGAGCAUCAUGCAGGUGGUAAAUUAUGUAUUGGCGCAACAGCAGGGACAGAAAAUGGCUGAAGUGACGCACGCCAUUGAAACUGUAGAAGUAGAAGUGGCCCAUGUUACGAAGGUGGAGGAAAUAUAGCAUACGAGAGCGCCAGAAGGGUGAGGUCUUACGAUCUGUGAGAGCUCAGUAUUUAACUGAUUAGCUGAGGCGUACAGUGAUGCCUGUUUUCAAACAAUUAAUCCUCAGUAUUGAACGUCUUGGUGACAAAACACUGCACCAUUCAUUACAGGGGAAAACUUAAGAUGCCUCAGUGUGGGCCAAGGCUUUGAAGGAUGAAAUUUCUGCACUGGCUAUAAAUGUAAACAAACAAACAAAAUUUUUAAAUACUUGGAAUUAUAAUGUUUUCUGUGUCAUGGAGUAAGUAUCAUGCUGUAACUUUUAAAAAAAUGAAAAGGAAAAAAAGAUACAAAGACGCUGCACUAAAAACUAGAAAUGCACAGCUAUCGGUAGCAUUUUUUUACUUUUGGUUUAUGCACAUUUCAAUUUUGUGAGCAAAUCACCUGUGUUGGGUUCUGUCUGUUUACUCCCCAAGAUGAGGGAACGGUAGAAUGCUUUGUGCAGCGUGUGCUUCAUGUGACAUGCAGAAAACAGGCUUUUCUCUUCAGGUAGGUACCCCGCCGGCAGUUGGCAAACCCUGGGUUUGGAGAGGUGCUUGAAAUGCCAGGUCAGUGGAUGGCAGGUCCAAGGUUCAGCAGAAUGCUGUAGAACUUUUCGCAGAUAAUGGGAGGGGGGCUGCUGAGAUCUGAGGAAGUGGUUCUGUGAGGCGGAUUGUGAAUUUCAGUUGACCCGAGGACAGCACACUGCAGGGAGCUACUUAGAGGAGUAAACUGCUUGUUAUGUGUAAGCAAGGAGCUUGUGCUUGAGCCUCCGUGCAGAGCCAUAUUCAGUUUAAUGGUUUGGUUGAGUAAAGGAAGCUGUCGCCUCAUUGUUGUGCACAUCCAAAGCAGGCAACCUAAUGAUGGAUGUUUCUAACUUUGCAUUACCUUUGGUGUAGAAACUAAAAUGAAAAAGGUUUAAUGGCACUUCUCAGAAAUAUAAAACAUACUGACACAGUCCAGCUAGUUACGAUCUGAUCUUCUUGUGUAACUUGUGGAAAGGAGGAGCCCUGCCAAUUCCCAAAGGGGGACACAAAGCAGCAUCAGGAUAGACAGCUGUGAAAAUCUUAGUGUGGGGUAAAAACUAAAUUUAUUUCAAAAUUACCAGAGACCUUAUUACUUGCUGCUGUAAGAAAAUACUUCUAGGGCAAGCUGCUUACCUGGUGUUGCACCACGUGGAUGGAAAAAUUCUUACUAGGCGUUCCUGCAAGUAAGUGUGAAUCAGAGCCGUGCUUGGCCCAGGUUUAAAUGCCUGUGAUUUAAUACCAUGAACAGUGCGUAUCUUAGUCCGUGCAAGGCGCAGGUUCUUUCACUGCUGUUUGGGUGGGUGUUUCUUUAGGCCAGAAACACAUCUGUUGAGGUAACUGAGAGUGCUAUGCACAUUAAAAAAUACAGUCCUGAUUGUUCAGUUGGUUUCAGUCUUUAGUAUCGCCAAACACUUCCCAGCUUUGACAGCAGCAAGAUAUCCAAGGAGCCAGAAGCCUGUAGAAUUGCAGGGUAAACUUCCUAAAGAAAGUUACUUGCAUGUAACUGUGCUACCUGUGAAAGGGAUCCCCUGAACAAAAUGUAAGUAAACCCUGUGACAAAGUAGCCACCUCAUCAGAAUUAGUAUUUCUGCCUUUCAUCUUAUUUAACUAUUUGAGUAUCUGUCCACGGAGCUACAGAAUGGACUGUUCCUUUUAUACUUUGCAAACGUGUAGAUAAGCGGCGUUGGAAACUUUUGAAGCAACACGUAGUUUGAGUUCCUGUCUUGGAUCUGAAUUAAUCUGUAGAUGACUAUUUCAAAGGUCAAGGUCUUCCUGCAGAGAAGUAACGUAGUUAUUUACACAUCCUGCAGCCCUUUAUGAUUGUAUUCUUUUCUGAUUACCAAAUGGAGUAAAACUGAAAUGAAUACAUUAAAUCAAAGAAUAAAAUACCGGUAGCUGUAACUCUUGAAUUUUUGUAUGGUCAAGAAUCUGGAGAUAGCCAUCCUGCUUAAAAUUAAAAUAUUGCCAUUAAGAUGGAAGAAGAUUUAAAAAAGCACUAGGUAAACUUUAACACUUCGAUGUUUGUAUCUUAAAAAUAAUUGUGUCUUACUAAAGUGAGAAAUGUUAAAGGAAAAAAUAGCUGUAAAUAGUGCUAAAGCAUUAUUUGUAUAUUUAGUGUGUUACCUUACAAAAAGAUUAUUACCCGCACCUUAGUCUAAUCUUUGGUGCGUUUAUUUAUUUGCCCAACCUACAGAAGAAGCAGAAGUGAAUCUGAAUUUCGGAGCCUUGUUACCCACUGUAAAACACUUUAAGCAACGUGAGGGGCUGCCGUUCAGCAGCGGACAGGCAAAGCAGAAGAGGUUGUUCCCCGAGCGCGGCUCAGCCAGGAAUGCUGGAGCUGAGCGCCCGUUCCCAGCAUGGCUGUGCCUUACCUCCCCAGACCGGUGGCAGGCGGGCAGGGGGUGCCGCUCCUGGCUUUGCUGUUCCCGCAUGCGGGAUGUUGCCUUAUGUUUUUCUUUAGACUUCAGCUCUUCGUUUAAGUUGCUCACGACCCUUCUGCAAUCGAUUGGAAGUCAGACUGCAACUACGCAGUUGAUAGUACUGGAUUAUUUUUUUUAAUAAAGCUAAUGAGAAGUGUCCAUUUAUAAAGUAUUCCUAGUGAAUUCCUGUACAUAAAAGAAUUUGAUUUGUACAUUCUCCUGUUUUUAUUUAGUGUUAGAUGUAUAAAGUUACAGUUAUUUCUGUUAUGAAAUAAACUGGGCUUUGCCAUGAA